AUGGAUCCUCUUCCUGAUCUACCUGAAGAGACUGAUAAAAUCUUCUGCAGCAAAUGCGUGAAAUUCUACGGCGUUGAUGAAUUCAAGUUUAACAAGGACGGGAAGCCACAAAGAACUUGCAAGCGCCAUGGUCGAAAACGCGCGUUGGAGCUCGAUGACUGGGACAGUUUCACCCGGCUUCUCCGAAAUUGGAAUAAAUUGGCAAACCAAAUACUCGAAGGGAGCUAUAUUUUUGAUUUGGAUACUCUACCUGUUAAUUUCGGCUCCCUGCGUGCGCUUGAAGUUGCAAAUGGCGAUGGAGAUGACAUCGACCGUAACACGCUUCUGCGAUCCGAAGUGAACGCGGCGAUGCACGACCUGGGUGUAGUGAUUUGGAAGGCGGUUGUGCAAGAAGUGAUCAAUUCGCUUGUAUCCACCAAAACUCCGUCCGAAAUAUACCGUGAGAUUCGACAGAUUCCAGAAGGAAAACCGGUGACGAGGCAUCAAGUGUACUAUCUGUGGCAGAAAGCGAAUGCAGAGAUCUGGCAGCGAGACUUAGAUCCCUUCGUCUCGGCCACAAUGCUUCUUUCUGAAGACAGUCGCUAUCGUGAUCACCACGCAGUCUUCACGGCGGGAAACCUGAGGGCAUUAGGGUUCUUCGCCUCUGAAACCAUUGAAAAGUUGCGGGGAUCCGCCCCUCAAUUAGUGAUGGACUCCACGUUUGGAACCAACAGUGGUGGUAUGGACCUAUUUGCGGUAUUGGCCGAAGUUGAAGGUACUGGAGUUCCGCUUGCAUAUUGCCUGGUCGAGCUGCUAAAGCCUCCUCCUCAGGCCAACCCAGCACAGAAGAAACCCAUCCGUGCGGACCCUGGAGCGACGACAUACAUUCUUCAGCAAUUUCUUGAACGACUGAAAAAUUUCGGGUUCAAUCCAAGAUGCGUAGCGAUUGACAAGGACUCAUCAGAAAUUGCCGCAGUCACGGCAGUGUGGUCUGGGGUAAAAGUUCAACUUUGCUACUGGCAUGUGAAACGGGCUUCCUCGACGACUUUGCAUCGCGAAUGUGCGGCCGAGAUGCAUACGUGGUGUAAGGAACGGGGAUAUUACCGUCUUUGGGCUUAUCUGUAUAUCAACUGGUACUGUCCCGAACAGUGGAAGCUGUGGGCACGGGCCGCCGAUCCUACUGAUAUCCCAGUGGUGAAAACAACAAUGAUUGUUGAGUCACACUGGCGAACGCUAAAGCACGACUAUCUUCAUCGAUUCAAUCGGCCGCGGGUUGACCUGGUGGUGUGGGUCUUGACGUCGCGAGUUCUCCCGGAUGCCGUCCAUCGAAUGAAAGCUAUUUCCAGUGGGCAGUUUCGCAUAUUCAAAGCUCGAUGGAGAGAUGCCUUCAAGAAGCAGUGGCGUAAGGAAGCCUGUAAAACCGUGGAUCCGGACAAAUUAAAAGAAUACCACACGAAUCCAGUUAACUGGGUCUGUGCUUGCAAAUCCUUCCUCCACAGUCGCUUCCUUAUAUGCAAACACAUCGUCUAUUGCUUUGAGUUACCCAGUCCAGACUGUUUUGAAACUGUUAGUCGCCAGACAGUCUAUCCUUUCUGGAAAGAUGAACAAUUGAUUUUGCGACCUGAGUAUGCGCCGAGGGAGGGACUCCGCACUCGAAAACUGCAUGGAAUCGUUGAAAUGCAAGACAGCACCCUAUCAUCCCUACUAUACUCUUCAGAAAGCGAGUCAGAGCAGGAUGAGGAUGGAGAUGAUGACCAGGAGGCUGUGCCCAUGGAAAUCCUCGUCGCAGAAUUCAGAGAAGUGAUGCAAAAUGCGAUGAAUCUUUUGAGGAUCAAGUAG